AUGUCGAGGAAUAGACGAAUAGCUGAUACUGUUAGAGUAGAGGAUGAUCAGGAUGAUGUCUCUAUUGUGCGGUUGAGAACUGCAAGGCAAAGAAGGAGGCGCGGUGCACCCGUGCCUCAACAUGUUGAGGAGGUACCUCCACUAGUGGAGGAAGAGCCUCAGGAGAUAGAAGAGGAAGAUAUGGUUGAUGAAACAGAUGUGGGGGUAGCUGACCCUGAACCUGUUACAGAGUUUCAGCAACUUAGCCAGGUUGUGCGGACCUGGAUAGAGUUUUCUAUGGAGAGAGAUAGAAGGAGGGAUAGAGAUGUACCCUCGACAUCCCACACUGUUCAGGGAGUUAAUGUGUCGUUGAAUGACUUCAUGAAGUUGGCACCUCCUAUUUUUACUAGGAUGGAUAGUUCAGAGGAUCCUCAGAGGUUCCUAGAUGAUAUUUGGCGACGGUAUGAAGCUUUGGGAUGUACAAACCACCGAGCUGUGAGUUUGGCAUCGUUCAGGUUGGAAGGAGAUGUGGCAAUCUCUUGGUUUGAGUCUAGAAAAAGAGCAAGACCAGUAGAGGCUCAGUGGACAUGGAAGGAGUUUAGCUCCAUGUUCUUAGACAGGUUUCUCCCUCAGAGCGUCAGGGAUGCUCUACUUUAUGAGUUUGAGAGGCUAUCUCAGGGGAGCAUGACAGUGGAUGAGUAUGAUCUGAAGUUUACUCAGCUGUCUAGGUAUGCAGAGCAUCUUCUACCCACUAAGGAGUGGAGGGUGAAGAGGUUUAUUAGAGGACUCAAAUCCUCUAUGUAUAUGGUGAUGGUGUCACAGGUGUUUCCAUCAUACUCCUCAGCUGUUGACAGCGCCAGAUUGAUAGAGGCGCGAGAAUUAGAGGACAUGACAGCAGGCCAGCCUAAAAGGCCUAGAGAAGAGGGUCAGUCUUUUAGGCAACAGGGAUUAAGUGCAGGUCCGUCUAGAGGACGAAGUGGCCGUCAGGGCUCAUGGGUUCAGAGGAGGUUUAGACAGAGACCGUCAGUUAGUGGCUCAGGCGGUCAGAGUGGCAGUAGUGGUACUCAGAGUUUAGUUCAGACUGCACCUCGUAGUUCAUUUGUUUCACCUGGUGAUAGUUCUUCAUGUCAGCACUGUGGAGGAGGUCAUACUAGUGCAGAGUGCUACAGAAGGACUGGGGCUUAUUUUAGUUGUGGCCAGAUAGGUCAUAAGAUCAGAGAGUGCCCGAGGAGACAGUUGUCAGCUUCGGGGUUAUCUGCUUCAGUCCAGCAUUCUAUUCAGGCACCAUCGACGAGCCAGUCUGUGGCUCAUGGGGGUAGAGGUUUUGGUGGCCGUGGUCAGAGAGGCCGGGGUGCAGGUGAUAGAGGUCAGAUACAGCAGGGUCAGCAGGAUGCUCAGGCAUCCAACACAGUUGUUUCAGGUAUUCUUCAUGUUUGCUUUUUUGAAGCAAAAGUUUUGUUUGAUACGGGUGCAACCCAUUCAUUUGUGUCUCUAUAUUUUGCCAUGAGGUUAGAUAAACAACCAACCUUGUUAAAAUCCCUGAUUUCAGUCUCCACUCCCUUAGAUGAAUUAAUAUUAGUGAAGUAUGUGUAUCUGGAUUGUGAAAUAGAGAUUGGAGAUAAGAUCUUUAUGGGAGACUUAAAUGUCUUAGAUAUGGUUGAUUUUGAUGUGAUUUUGGGAAUGGAUUGGUUGGCAAAGCAUAGGGCUUCAGUAAAUUGUUGGGGUAAGAAAAUAAUAUUUGAUCUAGAUGAAGAAGUUGGGUUGGUAUUUUAA